AAGAAUAUAUUUUUAUUUUUUGCCUCGUACCAGUGUAACAUGUAUCUUUAACGUACACGUUCGGCGAAGUUAUAAACAUAACCAAAAAUGGAAAACAAACGAAAAAGAAAUGAUUUAACAAUUGAAAAAAAGUUGCUGCUUAUACGGGAAGUAAACUUAGGCGAAAAAACCAAAAGUUGUAUUGCAAAGGAGUUCAAUGUCCCAUUGUCAACAUUAUCGACAAUAAUGAAAAAUGAAUCAAAGAUUAAAGAGCACCAUGAGAAAGGAGGGAGUUUGAAAGGACGAAAACGUAUGCGCGGCGCUAAGUACGACGAACUUGAAGAGAAAUUGCUGGACUGGUUUAAUCAUUCGCGGUCCCAAAAUUUGCCUCUAUCUGGGCCUAUCAUGAAAGAAAAAGCUGAUAUGUUGGCAUUGAAAAGUGGAGUUGAUGAUUUCAAAUGCAGUAAUGGGUGGUUGCAGAGGUUUAUGCAAAGACACAAUUUGGUUUUCCGUAGUGUGUGUGGUGAAUCAGCGGAUGUUGAUAAUCAGAAAGUUGAAGAGUGGAUGGAAAUAUCAAAAAAUACUAUAAACCAGUACAGUCCUAGAGACAUAUACAAUAUGGAUGAAACUGGUGUAUUUUAUAACCUUUUACCAGACCAUACCAUGGCCUAUCGAGGGGAGCCCUGCCAUGGUGGCAAGAGAAGCAAGGAGCGUAUCACAGUUGCAUUGUGUUGCAAUGCUGAUGGCAGCGACAAAAUGAAACCUUUGGUUAUAGGAAAGUUUUUGAAACCACGCUGCUUUAAGGGUGUAACUAAUUUCCCAUGCCAAUAUGAAGCCAACCAAAAUGCAUGGAUGACCUCUAAAAUCUUUCGUGAUUGGUUGUUGCGGUUAGACAGAAAAAUGGCUAUCAGGAACAGAAAGAUUCUUCUUCUCCUUGAUAGAUGUGCAGCUCAUUCUUCUGAGUCACUGAAAUUGGAAAACAUUCAGUUGGUGUACUUACCUGCCAACACCACCAGCAUUUUGCAACCUCUCGAUCAAGGAAUUAUUAAUAAUUUAAAAAAGAUAUACAGAAAGAGACUUGUCCAAUUUCUCAUCCGUCGCCUGGAUGCCAAGAAACCGUUAACAAAAUGGAAUGUUUUGGAUGCUAUUCGAAACAUAUGUAUGGCUUGGGAUAACAUUCAGCCUACAGUGAUACAAAACUGUUUCAAGAAGUUAGUCCCAGCAGUAGCCACAAAUGAAGAAACUUCAGUCCCUGAACUGCCAAAUGCUACAGAGAAAUGCAGUCCUUGUGGUAGUUUCAGACCCAACAUGCCUGUUCCCAGUGGUAGUUGUGCCACAACUAGCCUACCUCCAUGGGAAACUAGCGACAGUGCUGAGGAUGGUGGUGAGGAAUGGGACAUUCUUCAGAAUAAACUAAAUUUCAGUAAACCGUUUGACAGUUUUGUGCAAGUAGAUGACUGUCUUCUAACAUCACCUACGCCAGAUGACUUUGAGGUGAUGGACUGUGACACCAUUGAUUGUGGUGAAGUUAACACGGAAACAAUAGAUUCUGAAGAGCCACCCACACUUACACUGCCCAAAAAAACUGAAGCUUUGCAAGCUCUGAACAUACUGGAAACAGUAAUACAGUGCAGCGAUACUGACACCGAAACAAUCAAAGCCUUUGAUCAACUGUGUGGCUUUGUCCAAAGUGUGUUCAAAAACAAUGAGAAGCAAACCAAAAUCAGUUCAUUUUUUUCACCUAACUCUGCUCAGUGAUCCUCUAGAUGUGUGUAAUAAAUUGAAGCAACAUGCCAUACAUAACUGUAAAUAAUUUUGUGUUAUUUGUGACUUUUUUGACUUUUUAUUUUAUUUAGGUGAAACAUGUUUUUACUUAAGAGAAUGCUCUUAUGCAGGUAUGUACUACAUAACAUAUUUCUUGUUUUAUAUAAUCGUAUUGUCUUACAACUAUGUACUAUCUACAUAUCUUGAAAUGUUUUUAAAAUCGGUAAUUAAAUAUUUUUUUUGGUUGUUUUGACAUAAUGUAUGAAUUAUAUGUUAAAGUAUGGUUAUUACAAACCUCGUUAUUACAAAGUGGGUAAAUUUCUGUCCCCUCAGGUUUGUAUUAAUGAGGUUUCACUGUAUUAUGUUCCAUAUUAAAUUCAAGUAAUAAUCUUUAUUUGGACUCUGGAUAGUGUAUUUUAUGUGUGCAGUAUUUUGCAAGUUGUCCGUUUGCUGUAAGUUUGCAUUAUUGGUUCUUGGUUUAGUACUUUAUAGGACCCUUCUUUUUUAUGUGUGUUGCAACGUAUAUUAUGUAUGUAGUGUUCGCUCUAUAUAAUGUGCGUUUAUCUACUCUUACCUUAAAUUUCAGUAUGGUCACCUAAAGUUUGGGUGGAAUCACACUUUGCUCUAUUUGUUUUAUAACUCUUAUCAUGUGAUAUUAAUUCUGUUUUGUGUCUUAUCAGCUUUUUUUUAACAUAGAAUCAAAAUAUGUAUUCAGGAACCUUUACCGUGUUUUCUCGCAUAAUCGUCGCACAUUUUAUUCUAAAAUCAAGUUUAAAAAGUAGGGGUGCGACAAUUAUGCGGAAAAAAAAUUUUUUUGUUAGAUUAAGUAUUCAUAAAAACAAAACCCAUUCAUGGAAAGUACAUUUAUUUACAAAGUGAAGUAUAAAAGAGCACGCCAAACAAUUUAAUUUGUCAUGCAACAAAAAACUUUCUUGAACUUUAAAUAGAAAAAAAAAUUAAAUAGAAAAAUAAAAUCUGUGAUCAAAUGCAAGCCGAAUGAACACGUAACAACCAUAGUAAACACCACGAGUGAGCGGAAUAUGAAAUGUAGUUAACUCGGUUCUGCAUUGAGAGCACGCGUUGCAUGCAAUCGGCGAGAUAUCGAUAUUGGACUAUGUGUGCGCGCUCUAUACGGGAAGCAACAUACCCAAACAGUAAUGAUUGCAACGAGCGCUGGCUACAUUUUUGUAAGCGGUACACUGUGGGGACGCAGACAAACAAUGAAGAUUAUAACGUUUAAAAAGUCUUUAACAGAAAAUUUACACAUUAGACAGCUUCGUAUUUCCGUUAUUUAAAUAAGUACGCAGUAAUUUCUGAAUAAAUAUUAUAUUUAUACUUUAAAAUACAUCGUUUUAUAUGGAAAAGAUACCUAGACAAAGCACUCGGCAUCUAAUAGCGGGACCAAAAACAUAAUGCGACAUUUACGUGAGAGGUUUUUUUUCAAUCCAAAAUUUGACGCCCUAAAAUAUCGUUGCGGCGAUUACGUGCAUGCAACAAUUAUGUGCAUGCGACAAUUACGUGCAUGCGACGAUUAUUCGAUAAAAAAUGGUACUGUAUAUCACAAUCCUUCACAAGCAUGAAACAAAUGUCCAUAGCAACCACAAACAUACGCUGUAUUGUUUUGAUGAACAACCUUAACAUAAAUAUUAGGGGUGUGCGGGAUCCCGACGCUUCGGGAAAAAAGUCGGGAAAAUAGGCUUCCCGAAAUGCCGGGCUGGAAUUUUAUUACUCCCGAAUUUUUCGGGAAAUUGUUUAAAAAUUUACAAAUGUUUACUAAUCAUGUGAAAAUGUUUUCUAUCAAUUCAAACUGUUUUUACAGCACUAUUUUUUAUGGAUUCGUACAUUUUUGAAGGGUUUCCAUACUAUUUAAACGCAAAACAUCUUUUAAACGUAUGCCGAUCGUAGCGACAGCUGUGGUGUGCAGUGAAUUAUGAUAAUCGCUUACACAUAUCUAAUUGGAAUAUAAAAAACGUACAUGGAGUACCUUAAAUAUUGUAUGCGUUCAUAAAUAUAUUUCUUAAGGGUACAAAUUUGCAAGAUACGUGAAUAGUCAGUUAUAUAACGUUAUUGCCGUCACCAUCGAAUACUUAACCUAAAACCACUGUGUGUCCUUAGACACAAACAAAACACAUGCGCAAUCCAACCUUUUCACCAAAGAUAUAAGAAAUACUAGACUUGCGUUACAUAACGAAGCGUAACCGUUCUCAUUACUUGAUAGCAGUGGCGAUGUAGAGAACUGUAUUGGCACUUUGAAAAAUAUGAAAUUACUUAGUUUUACAACACUGCUCACGAGUAUCUAAACAUCUAUGAUUUUGCUUUGGGAGAAAAAAAAUAGUUGUUUACUGUUUAGUUAGGUGGGCUUUUUCGGCUGACGUUACGUUAUUAAGGCUUGUGCAAAGUAUCUGUUCCUAUUUUCGAUGCCGUUGCAUAUUAAAACAAACUAGCAGCCUACAAAUAAUGGAUGUCGCAACCGAUCAGCUUGUUACUUGUAAACCUAAAAGUGUAUGGAAGUAUUUGGAACGUCUGACAGACAGUAAAUCCCUGGCAAAGUGUGUCUCGUGUGAAAAAAUUUUGAGAUGCGAGCAUGUUAGCACGUCUGGCUAUAAAAAAAUAAUUUGAGGAUGCUAAAAAAAAAUGAAGUCGCCGCUGAAAAAAGGGCAAGUGAAGCAGACAAAAGAAAUAGCAGCAAAAAAAAAAACAACUAACUUUGCAAGAAACGUUUAAAUGGCCAUCUUCUAAUAUUAUAAUUAAAAAUUUGCUUUUUUUUUAAUAUUCCCGAUCCCGUCCCGUUUCCCGCGGGAAUAAUUUAUUUUUCCCAAAAAUUUCCCGCAGUACAAAUACCUAUUCCCGCACACCCCUAAUAAAUAUGUUUAUCUGAAUUAACAUUGCUACUCUACAUCUAAGUGUUUUCAAAUCAAUUCUUUACGUUUGUGGAUUAUGUUGUCAUUAAUUCCAAUGUUUAUAUUGAAUGAACGUAGGUUGGUGCUCAGUUUACUUCUUCAGUCUCAGGUUUUUAAUAACUAAUCCAGGAAUAUUAAUUAUUGGUAGCCAGAGAAGGACUUAAGGUUUUUUCUAUCUACAAAUAGUAUCUUUCUGGUGUUGGAUGAUAAGUAGGGCACUGAAAUUUUCGCGAACCGCGAAAUAAAGCGAAAUAACGCGAAAUGUUAGCAAUUUUAAUUAAAACACGAAAUUACACACAAAAAACCCUUUUCGCGAAAUUGACCCGAAAUCUGCUUACUUGUACACGAUUUUUUGACUGGAAAGGUCAAUUAAAUUAAUAACAACAUAGACAACAUUUAAUAAUCAGUACAGAUUCCUAAACACAAAUUUCCCACCUAAAGACUACUUUAUUAACCACUUUUCAUCUUCGUUCAUGUAUCAAAACAAACAUAAUGGCUUCGGUACUAACUGUAUAAAUACGACUUUUGCGAGACGUUUUUUGAGUUCGAAAGUAUCGAUUCAAGAAUCGAGUUGUAUACUUCGCUAUCACGUUUACGCUUAAAAUCAUAGUUUUCUUCCUGUAUUUCAUCAGUUUAACAUUUCCAUACGACUCGGUCCCAUUUACGGUUUAUUUAAUAUGAGAAUCGAUACCUUAAAAUGAAAUUACCGCCUGCGAAAAAUGUUUUGUAAAACGUGUGAGUUAAUCUCUGGCUGCACAGAUUACUACUACGGCCAUGUCACGAGGAGAAUAAUAACAAAGGCAAGUCUAUGUUAUUGUUUACAUAGAUCGUGACGCUUUCGUAUGAAAGAUAUUUUUUGUAAAUGUAAGCCUUGUAUGCUCAAAAAGCCUAAAGUAGUGACUGUUUUCGAUCGUGCACUCGAAUUUUAAAGUGAAGGCGGUAAAUAUGUAGUUAAGCGGUAUUUGCGAAAAAAAUGUUAAAAAUCCGAAAAUACUUUUAUUAUAUGCUCUUUAACUUCCUCUUUUCAUUAAACCCGGCGGGGAUAAGAAAUUUCAAAUACUUAAUUUUAUAAGGAGAUAUCGAAUUUUUUAAUUUUCAUAGUUGGGCGAUAUUUAUUAAAAAAAAAAAUUAAAAAUUUCGAAAAUACUUUUAUUCUAUGCUCUAACUUCCUCUUUUCAUUAAACCCGGCGGAGAUAAGAAAUUCCAAAUACUUUAGGAGACUGAAUUGUCAGUUCUGGAAACAUGUCUUUUAUUCAUGUAGGCCUAUUCUUUUAAUGAUUUUUAAACUCUGAUAAUGUUAAAAUUACUUUUAUGGAACUCAAAAUCAUUCGUAUAAUUUGAGGAUUAUGAUUGUAGUAUGGUUUCUAUUUUUAUGUAUUGGUUUUGUAUUUUUACAUUUUUCUCCAUGAUUUUAGAGAGCAGUUUUUUAUGACGAAAUGAGACUAUUUUUAUGACGAAAUCAAGAUAUUUUUAUGACGAAAUCUGUUAAUUUUAUUUACCAUGAAAGUGGGGCCCUAAUGAUAAGCCAAUCAUCUGUGCUAAGGUGUAAAAAAGCAUGUUGAACUGUGUAUUUAAAUGUUGAUAAUAAUUUUUUCCAGUAAAGAAUAAAAACAAAAAAAUAUGUUACUAGAAAUUCUUUUGAUUUCAAUCACCAACUUUACCUAGAAAUGAACCAACUAACUUUUAAUAUAUCAAAGUAUUUUUCCUAUACAGCAAUGAACUGCGCAUCAACAGUUAUUUUUUUUUUCUUCUUUGGACUUGUUACUUUUGGAUUUCCUUGCCGGGCCAGUCAGAAAUGUAACUUUAGUUAAUGUACAAUUUUUCAAACCCCAUAAUUUAAAAAAUACAUUCUGUAUAUUGUAAAAAGUGACCAAGUCAAAAAGUGUACAUGAGAUUUAAUUAUUUCUGUCUAAUAAAGGGCACAAGUAAAACUCAAAAAAGUGCCCAUAUACAGUAUUUCAAUCAGUUUGGCAAGGAAUUAAAAUGUUGCUAUUUUGAACAAGUAACUAAAAUAUUUGUUGUAAAAAAAAUUGUUGAAGUUAAGUGCCUCCCAUUUCAGUUCAUGAUUUGAUUAUAUAUUUUUAGUUAUCACAGAUAAACUUGUUUAGACUUUUUAAAUGGUUACUUUCACAAAAUGAAAAAUACAUGCAUCACGUACGUUUUACAUAAUUAGCUGUGAAAGUUACAAUAUAUUACAAUCUAUUGUGUUCAAUCUUUUACAAUUUAAAAGUCAGUUUUACAAAUUUUCCAUUUUGUUUUAGAUUACUUAUAAAAGUGAGUGUCUUAAUCGCUGAACUAGGUCCAUGUCCUAGACUUAAGUUUGCACCCGUAUCUAAUUUAUAAUAAAUGAAAGUAAUUUUAACAUGGUCCGAAAAUGCAAUGGUUUUGUUUUUGUUCCUGGGUAACUAUCAUGCAAAUCAUGAAGUUUGAGUCAGUGUUGAUAUUGAUAUAAAGGGGAAGUUUUUGUAAUAGAUUGAAAAUAUAUACUAAGCAAUGCUUUCAGAAAUUUUAAUUGCUUUUAAUACUAACCUUAGAAUGUUUUUUAUGAGAAGUAUUUUUUAAAUUAUAUAUCCACUAUAUAUAGUAAAAAAUUAUAUAAAUGAAUGUGUGUACAUUAUAUAGUAGAAACUUUGUACCAUAGGGAUGUUUAUCAUCAGCUUCAUUCAUCAGCAGGCCACAGGGACCGUGUAUUUAUUAUUUUAAAAUCACAUUACUUAGAUAUUUAAAUCGUAGAGCAGAAAGCACCCUUAAUACUGAGAAACUAUUCUUGGAUCCAAAGUUACUCUUGUAAAGUUAAUGGAUAAUCCUUGGGAUAUGUUCACUACGUAACUGACUUUAAAAGGCCUUAUGGGUAGGGACAAGAUUUUAGGGUUUUUAUUUUUAGGUAAUUUUGGUUUUAAAAUGGGAGAUUUUGAUGUUAUUGUUUUUGUUUUUAUUCGUUGUCCUUAGUUAUAAAAUAGUGUUUUAUUCAACAAACACAAAUAUAAAUAUUUCUCAACAUCUAUUUCAACAAAGUGGUCACAUUUUGAUUGAUACAUGAUGCACUUUUACAAUACAAUAAUUUGUAAUAAGAAUCUCUGAGAUAGAAAUACUCAGAAAAUUAAAAAUAAUUUGGCCAAUUUUGAUGUCUUUGAAAAAAUGUGCCCAAUCAUUGUGUAAAAAGUGUUACCAACCUGAGAUAUAAAUAAAAUGGAAUCAAUUUUCUGCGAUUAAUUUAGUUUAUACUUUUCAUACAAUCUUCGUGCUAAAUAAAUUACAACUAUUUUAUCCACAAAAUAAAAGAUUACAUGAUAAUGAUUUGAUUCCAAUUUUGUAAAAUUAUUGAUUAAUCUCGUGAUCUUAGUUGCAUUUGUUACGUGAUGUAAUGACAUGCUUUUUGUUUAAUAGCAUUUCACCAUAAUCUUGUCCCUAUUAUGAGGAAGACAUUCAGGAAUGUCAAAUCCGGUAAAAAAAAAAAAUUCUGUAUGCUAUGUGAACAGUUAAACAUUGUCUAUUUGAUUUUCACACUGGCACUAUUCAACUAUGCCCCUGACUGACAUAAGUACUAGUAUGAGCAUACUACAACAACUGCCCCAAGUCAAAAAGUGGAAAAAUUGAGAUUAAUUACCAUCUGCUUAAUAAAUGGCAGAAAUAUACCUCGAAAAAUUGCCCAAGUUUAGUAUCUCAAUCAGUGGAUUAGCAAUAAUAAUGUUGUUAGUCUGAGUAUAAAUACCUAAACUAUUGUUCAGUAAAAUUUUAACUGAAUCAACUUAGUGAGUUUUGCCACUUUUUAAUUUGGGGUCACAUUUUACAGUAAACUCCAGAUACCUUUACUCCUAUGGUACACAACUGUUGCCUCUCAUGGUGGAAGGAAACUUUAUAUUAAUCUCAGGAUUGCUACGGUCAGGGAAAACCUGGAAAACCGGGAAAAGUCAGGGAAUUUCAUGGAGCCUGGAAAAGUCAGGGAAAUUAAGAAACAUACUGGAAAUUGCAUAGAAUUGUUACAUUCUUGUAAAAUUUACCCAAUACAUUUUCGCCCAACUGCAGUUCAAAUUUAAUACGUCACCGACAUCAAAACUAACAAAUAAAUAAAUGAAUAAACGCUUUACGGACUUUGCAUGACGAUCUGUUGUGCUGUGCAAAGCGAUCGAUACUUCCCGCGAUUUAGAUUAGUCAAUCGUGACAGCGGGAAAAAAAAUGGUUAUGAUGGCUGAAUUUGCUUUGUUUUCGUGAGACGUUAACCGUUUUGUGCUAUAGAUUACGGAUAUGAAAAUAAAGGCCUGCGGGCUUAUCUUUGGCUUGGAGUGUGUGUGUGAAUAGUAGUUUGUUAAAUUAUAGUGUGUGAUUUUCAAUUAUUUUGUAGAAAUGGUAAUAUGAAAACCAUUUUCCAUUGUUUACAUUGGUUAACAGCAUGAAGAGGAAACUUUGAGCGCUUUAUUACUGCGUAGUUCGUUAUCAAAUUAGUAACCACCACCUUAAAUACGAUAGUGUGUGUGUUUUGCCUUGAUUCCAAUAGCAUGGACUUUAUAUACAUAUAUAUUUAAAUAAAUAAACAUUGCAUGUACGAAAAUUUUGGAAUGUUUUUAAGGCGACGUUAAUUUCAAACUUGAAAUGAAACAAACAUGGAAAUCAAAAAAGUCUCAAUUUAGUAGAAAAGGUUUUUUUUUUUUUUAAGAAAACUGACAUUACUUUCUCUGAGAAUUAAUAUGUAAGAUAAACGAACAUCAUAAGCAGUAAACAUGUGAUACAAUUUCUGUGACAUUUUACUACAAGUUUUUCCCAGCUUUUAUAAAUCUAUUUUUUUGUUUCUGCUCAUUUGUAAACAAUAUGGACCUAGGCCCUACAGUGUGUGAUCUGAUAUAAGAAAGUGGUUUUCCAUCAUAGCCCUAAAUUUAUGCCUCUGCUUUUUGAAACUGUGAAAAGCUAUCCCAGUUCUCUGAAAAGUGAGUUGUUAUGAGUAAGUAUAUUUAAAGAUUUUUUUUUGUUUAGUGGUACAUAUUUCACUACAUUUAUACAUAGUUUUAAAAAAAAAUCCAUGUUUAGGUACAUUAACAGAUUAUAUAAAAUUUAUUAUCCCUUAAGUGUAGUUAGUCUCGACACUUACUGUUGAAGAAAAAAUGUGCAUUUCCAGAUAUACUAAAGCAAUCCCACAUGGAGUAUUUCCCUAUAUACCGACAACAGCUUGUCAGGGACAUAAAGAUUUUGAUCAAUUGCAAAAGACAUAUAUUAACAGUUCAAUAUGUGUGAGAUAAAAUGCCAUAUCCACACUUUCCGCCUUAUGCUACCGAGUACAAUUAUUAUUUUAAUGGCCUGGAAAAAUUUUCAUUUAGACUGGAAAACCUGGAAAAGUCAGGGAAUUUCAUAUCUGAAAAUGUGUAGCUACCCUGAAUCUGGAGGUAGUUAUAACUUGGUAUAGUAGUAAUGAAUGACGUCCUUUGCAUCGGCCAGCUGUAGUUGGAGCCAGUGUCUGUGUUCACUG